GACGAAGAGAGCAGCACUGCGAAGGCACACGAUUUGCGGAGUCUUAACAUAGCACGAAGAAUUCAGCAUUGUUAUAUAAAAUAAAUCAACAUUGAAGUCUGAAUGGAUCUAACAGAGCAGCAGAUCAACCAGCUGGAGGCUGACUUGCUGGAGCUAGGGUCUCUGGUGGAGAAGGCAGAGAGGAAGAGAGUGCAGGAGCUGCUCAAGCAAGAGCAGAAGAAGGUUGAAAAAGAGAUCGCUGACAAACGUCAGCAGAAAGAGCAACAAGCCCGGAGACAGGCCGACCCUGUGCCGUCCUCCAAGGCGACGUACACGGUCAAGAUCACCAACUACGCGUGGGACCAGUCAGAGAAGUUUGUCAAAAUUUACCUCACGUUGAAAAAUGUGCACAAGAAUCCAUCCGAGAAAGUGGUAGUCCAUUUUUCAGAAAGGUCAUUUUCUGUGCUGGUGAAGGAGCUUGACGGGAAGAAUCACCAGAUGACUGUCCUCAAUCUGUUGUAUCCAAUUGAUGAUCAGAACAGCAGCACCAAGAUAAAAACAGACAUGGUUGUGAUCAUGUGCAAGAAGCAGGUGACCAAGAAAUGGGAGUGCCUCACCACAGUGGAUAAAGAGUCUAAGGAAAAAGAUAAGCCCAAAGUCGAUGACAAUGCAGAUCCCAGCGAGGGCCUGAUGAGCAUGUUGAAGAAGAUCUACUCGGAGGGUGACGACGAGAUGAAGAGAACCAUCAACAAAGCUUGGUCGGAAUCCCAGGAGAAGAAGAUAAGAGGAGAAGACGGCUUGAUGGAUUUUUGAACUCCAAUCGCCAUUCCUUCAUAGCAGGACUACAUGAGAGCUGAUUGUUUCCAAUCAUGUUCAAUGUACAAAUGAGGUUCCUGCCAGUACAAUAAUGUAUAAACCCUGGAUGCCUGCUAUGUGCUCUCCAUUGAUUUAAAGAAACAAAAAUACAACCACUACUACUAGGGUGUCAUCGCCCAUGUUGAGAAUGUUUCUUGUUUAGCUUGGCCCAAAACCACGUGUUCAGAAAAUGUUAUUUCUGCCCAGUACAAAAUAUACAAGAAGACUUGGUAUUUGAAAAUUUAUUGACAAGUAUGCGUAACAAAAACAGAGUGCCAUCUACAUCCUUUAUUUUGUUGUCAUUCCAUAAAUGGAUUAUGGUGUGGCUCUUUUUUUUUUCCCUUAAAAUUAGUUUUUUUUUUUUUUUUUUUUUACACCGUACUGUUAUUUGUAUACUUUUUUGGUGAUCAUUAUUUUUCCUUUGUGGUUAUCUUUAUUUUAAGGAUUGCUAGCCCACACCAUUCUAGUCAGUUAUGCAGUUCUCAGAAAUAAAAAAAUUCAUCCAUCCAUUUUAUGUAACACUUUAA